AUGCUAGAAAAAGAAGUAAUCCAAAUGAAUAAGCGCAUACUAUGUUUUAAAUCAAAAUUACGUGUUGAAAUGGAUAUCAAUGAGGAACUGGCAAAAGAAAAUGAUGAACUAGCAAAAGAAAAUUAUGAAUUGAAAAAGCAACUAUUAAGUUUAAUAGGUAGUCUCUUCAUUAAUUAG